GGGGGGCGUGCCCUAUGCGUCCGUGGCACAAGAUGGCGCUGCGCUUGGCACGAGGGUGGAACUUGUUCCUCUGGGGAGCCAAGCGCUGGGGGGACCCUGCCGGGGAGGCCCGGAGAGGCAUAUCUUUCAAACUGGAGGAGAAAACUGCGCAUAGCAGCCUGGCCCUCUUCAGAGGUGACACAGCUGUCAAGUACGGCUUGGUGGGACUGGAGCCCAGCAGGGUGGCCCUGAACGUGGAGCGCUUCCGCGAGUGGGCCGUGGUGCUCGCGGACACCGCGGUCACCAGUGGCAGGCACUACUGGGAGGUGACAGUGAAGCGCUCCCAGCAGUUCCGGAUAGGAGUGGCAGACGUGGACAUGGCCCGGGACAGCUGCGUCGGUGUGGAUGACCGGUCUUGGGUUUUCUCCUACGCCCAGCGCAAGUGGCACAGCAUGUUGGCCAACGAAAAAGCCCCAAUUGAGGGUGUUGGGCAACCAGAGAAGGUGGGGUUGCUGCUGGACUACGAGGCGAAGAAGCUGAGCCUGGUGGACGUGAGGCAGGUCUCUGUGGUGCACACGAUACAGACAGAUUUCCGCGGCCCAGUGGCGCCUGCUUUUGCUCUUUGGGAUGGAGAACUGGUCACCCACUCAGGACUUGAUGUGCCCAAGGGGCUCUGACAUGGCCGUUAUCCGGGUCCCUUAGUCAUGCUCACGAUCAGUUUUGUC